AUGCCUGUUCAAGGAGGAGGAACGCUUGUUCAACGCCUCCCGCACAUGUCACAUGCAAGCACCGGACUUCGUCAUUUAUACGAGAAAGUUGAGUCCGGAACCUUACCCACCGUCCAAACUAAAGAUGCUCUAUGCCGUCCAGCGCGCGACAAGACGGUACGGUAUCCUCAUGUGAAGAGGGUCGGUCCGUACUUACUCGGAAGAACCAUUGGUGAGGGAAGCUUUGCAAAAGUCAAGGAGGCUCUUCAUAGUGUUGUUGGUGAGAAGGUUGCUGUUAAAAUCAUUGAUAAGAAAGAAGCACGUAAGGACCCAUAUCUACGAAAGAACAUGCGACGGGAGGCCAGUCUACUUCAGUCAUUACGUCAGCAUCCUAACAUCAUCUCGCUUUAUGAAGUCAUGGAAACUGACAACAAUUUCUAUAUGGUUUUAGAUCUGUGUACUGGUGGUGCAUUAUUGGAUCGUAUAUGUAGUAAGAAAUGUCUUCAAGAGGAUGAGGCAAGACGCUACGUCAAACAGAUUGUAUCAGCUGUGGAUCAUAUUCACCAAGCCGGAAUUCUACACAGAGAUUUAAAGGUUGAAAACCUCCUUCUGGAUGAAAACAACAACAUCAAGAUUAUCGAUUUUGGAUUGAGUAACUUCAUAGGGUACAGCAGCUCGUCUAGUACUAAGGGUACAGGCGUACGAGCCGAGUUCCAGGUACGAGCCGAGUUCCAGGUACGAGCCGAGUUCCAGGCUACUCAAUGUGGUAGUCCAGCAUACGCGGCGCCAGAGAUUAUUGCUAAUAAGAAAUACGGACCAAAGGUGGAUGUAUGGAGCAUUGGAGUCAACACGUUUGCUAUGCUAGCUGGCUCACUGCCAUUCACUGUGGAACCAUUUAAUAUUAAACUUCUUCUAAAGAAGAUUAACAACAGAGAAAUGGCUGAGAUUCCAACCAAUUUAACUAAUGAGUGUAAAGAUUUCAUCAGAAGGCUCCUUCAUCCCGAUCCAAGAAAGCGAUAUUCCAUCUUAGAGGCAAUGAAUCAUAAAUGGUUAGUUGGAGACGUGGAUGCAGUCAUCCGCCCCCGUACAGCAAGCUCCACCCACAGUGGUCGAAUCAGUCGGAUGGACCUAGAGACAGACAUACUUGACUAUAUAUGGGCCAAUAUGGGUUACAACAUCGCUCACGUGACCGACUCCGUCAUCAGUAAACGAUGUGAUGAAUAUUCAGCGAUGUAUUACUUGCUACUGCGCAGGCGUGAUCGCCAUCAUGUUAAGAUGUUGAAGCGUCUUGAGACCAAAGAUGAAAGUGGAUCAGAUGCAAAGGAUUCUGGGAUAAGUGCUCCCAAACUCUAUGAUGAAGCGACUGCGAUGGAGCUAGCAGGUCGGAAAAAUGGAUCUCUUCAUUUCAAAAUGGCGUUGCUGUUGCAGCAAAAAAAGGAAGACAACGCCACCAACGACAACGACAGUGAUGCAGGAGAACCUGAGCCAGAAGGUAUCAAUCAACAAGAUCAAGAGAUCCAAGAACCAAUCAGUGGCAAGCACGCCAUGACGUCAUCAAGUGCUUUGCCAAACAAGGACCAAAAGAACCUCAGCUUUAAGUUGGAUGUUGAAGAUCCAAAUACAAACAGAUCGAAAACCAUGGCAACGGAAGAGGUGCGAAGGGAUUGGACCCAAACAUCCAAUAAAGUCACCCAAAGUAUGUCAGAUAAUCAUGCAAGUGUAAAGACAAAAAUCUACAAACUUUCCACAGCACAUCGAGUGAACCUAACGUUCAGACAAUCAGAGUUAAAAACCCAAACAUUUUCUGAUCACUAUAACUACCGGAAACAUGAUACGAAAACAAGUAUGAGGGCUAGUCUAGCUCCUACACAAACUUCCAACUUAUCUGUCGACAUAAAAACCUUGCCUAGACCUACCAACAUCUCUGUCGACACAAAAGCCUCGCCUAGACCUACCAACAUCUCUGUCGACACAAAAGCCUCGCCUAGACCUACCAACAUCUCUCUCGACACAAAAACCUCGCCUAGACCUACCAACAUUUGUGUCGACAUGAAAAACUCACGUAGGUCUUUCAACAUCUCUGUCGACACAAAAGCCUUGGCUAGACCUACAAACAUCUCUGUGGAUCUAAAGACCCUACCUAAGCCUUUCUGGAGGCAAUCUGAUUCUAUCGACACUAACAAUCUGACCAAUCGUAUAGGUUGUAUGGAAAUCACACCAAGGGAUGGAUUUAUUGAGAUCGACAAAGACACCAACAAUAACAAGAUAAAAGAUAAAACAGAACCAUUCAGCAUCCAAUCAACAAAUCCUUCACAAAAUGUUGCGAUUGUGAAAUACAAAGGUACCAGACACACUCAACACGUCCCUAUUGACUUUGCGACUAAAAGGCGAAAGCUGAAGAUUGUCAAAAGAAGAAGCUUUGAUAACUCCUCUUUCAUUCUAAGACGACCUGUUAGGAUAAUUAAGAAGAGUAGCUCAAAUGAUAGCAAGAUGAUUGUUCGAGUUACUGGGAGGCCAAAGACCCCACUCGCCACCGAAGAAGGCAUCAAAAGAAAGGGUUCAAUCCAAACAGCCAAUCACAAGAGAAAACAAGACACAAGCCGUGGAUCUCAACGCAAGAAAUCUGCAUCUAAGAAAGAUUGGGGAGCAUGUGAAAGAUGCAAGAACCCCUAUAAGUGUGAAAUGGAGAAGUCGGUUAAGAAAGACACAGAGCAAGAUUCUCUGUCAUCACAAGACGUGCCUGAGGCUUCUCCUCCUCUGACGAAACUGUCAAGAAAGAAAUCUCCUCCUCUUAAUCUGAACGCUAAUGUAAGAAAGCCGAUGUUCACUGCAGCUUCAGCUGAAUCAGUUGUGUAAUUUUAUUUGAUCUAAGAAAAAAAACCAAGCCAGUCGCAGGUAUUGACUUAGUUAUUUAAUAAUAAUCACAAUCAACAUUGCAUGCAGGAAAGGUAUUAAACUUGUUAAAAGUGUUAAUUUUAUUAUUACUGUAGUUGACUUUGGUGUGCGGAUUGCUGUGUUGGUUGAUUCAUUUUGUAUUCAGUGCACGUUAAACGUAGCGUCCUAGCUUGCAUAUUGGUGUUUAUUCUUAGAUUAAAUUAAUUACUUGGUGGGCUGAGGUCUCCUGCUUUCUCUCCAUAAGAAAACUGCCUUAAAGGUUGACCACACACGCAUGGCUAUCUAAUGUGACACAUUCUAAGUUUGAAUCAUAAAAGCAUGAAGGUAUAGUGAAGUAAUAAAUAGUUAUUCUGCAUGAGUGUUUUGUGGUGUAGCCUGAACUAACAUGUUUUUUCCAGCUCAAAAAUAAUUCCUUCGAAGGAAAAAAUAUUUUGGUGGAGAUGUGAGCGUCCAAUUAUAGUUCUGGUUUUGCCAGCUGUUAACCACGAUAUGGAUGGCUUCUAUAUGACCUAUUGCUAAUAGUGUAGUAGGGCUUUGACCCAAGCAAACCAUGUAAUAUAUCUCAGAACCAUUUCGUAUUUUUCUUUAUAAGUUUUGCUUUAUUACCCUGGUCAAGAUAGUAUCGAGGCAUGUGAACACAAGACCUUAUAGCAUU